AUGUCCAUCCGCAACCUCGCCGAGUUCGGCACCCGCCACGUCGCCCGCGGCAUCGGCCGGCUCGCCACCGAAGUCAUCGAGUCCGGCAGCGGCUCGUACGUGACGAUGGCGUCGGGCCGAAAGAUGCUCGACUUCACCUGCGGCAUCGGCGUCGCGAACCUCGGCCACUGCCACCCGGGCGUGACGCGGGCCGCCCAAACGCAAGCCGCCAAGGUGGUGCACGCGCAAGUCAACAUCGCCUUCCAGCGGCCCUACCUCGAACUGAUCGAGCAGUUGAUCCCACUGAUGCCCGAUCCUAGCCUCGACACGUUCUUCUUCUGGAACUCGGGCAGCGAGGCCGUCGAGGCCGCCGUCAAGUUAGCCCGCCACGCGACGAAGCGGCAGAACAUCAUCGUCAUGCAGGGCUCCUACCACGGCCGCACGAUGGGCACCAUGGCCAUGACGCGCUCCAAGACGGUCUACUCCGCGGGCUUUGCGCCGCUGAUGGGCGGCGUGUUUGCCGUGCCCUUCCCGGACUGUGCGCACUGCGCCAUCUCCUCGCAUACGGGGGGGAAAUGUAACCACCAAAAUUGCUGCAUGGACCCCGUCACGCAGCUGGAGUUGCUUCUGCAGCGCGAGUCCGCGCCGUCAGACACCGCGGCGAUCGUGAUCGAGCCCGUGCUGGGCGAGGGCGGCUACGUCCCCGUACCCAAAGGGUAUCUCGAGCGUGUGCGGGCUAUAUGCGACAAGCACGGCAUUUUGCUGGUCGCGGACGAGGUGCAGAGCGGCUUCGGGCGCACGGGCAAGAUGUUCGCCGUCGAGCACUGGGGCGUGCGGCCGGACGUGCUCGUCAUGGCCAAGGGCAUCGCGAACGGGUUCCCCCUAAGCGGCAUCGCUAGCCGCAAGGAGCUGAUGGACACCCAGCCCCCCGGGUCCAUGGGCGGGACGUACGGCGGCAACGCGGUCUCCUGCGCCGCGGGCAUCGCUGUGGCCAAGGCGUUUCGUGAGGAAAAGGUCCUCGAGAACGUCAACGCGCGGGGGGAAGAAAUGGCAGCCAUGUUGCGUGACGCCAAGCAGAAGUUCCCCCACCUCGUGUAUGAUGUGCGUGGGCUGGGACUCAUGCAGGCGAUGGAGUUUGUCGGCGGACACGGGUACGCGAGUAAAGUCCAGGCCAAGUGUAUGGAGAAGGACAUGUUGAUCUUGACGACGAGUAUCUAUGAUACGCUGAGGUUUAUUCCGCCGUUGAACAUUACCAAGGAGGAUAUGAGUAAGGGGUUGAGUAUCUUGGGGCAGGCCAUUGAGGAGGUCGCGGCUGGGGCCAAGCCAAAGGAAACGGGGACAAGGGGGCAUGCGCCGGAGUGA